AUGCCUUUUCCUUUCGUCCUCUCCACCACAUCCAAUAUCUCUUUUCAAUCUAGCUUGACGUCUUCUAGUCAUCCCUCUCUCCCCUCCACGGCCACAUCACAACGAGCUCUCCUUCGUGCCGCUCUAAAGUCGCAUAAACGUCUCCCGCCCACAGAUCAAGCCAACGGCCUCUUGUCCAUUGCCUCCACCAUUCACAACUACCUACGCUAUCUGCUGACAUUAGAUCUCGCACUGUCCGGUAAGCCUGUCGCUGGAGAGGAGGUUCAUGUCGCAUUGGCCAAAGAACCCGAAAUCGAGUGGCGUCCUACCCUCAGCUCGGCCUUCAUUCCAGGGCGUGAAAAGGAUCGCGUCAAAGGCAGAGGUCUCGACUAUGAGAUUUUCUUUGUUCACCACACCCUCGCCCUAGUCCACCAGCUGGUCGCGAGACAGUCUCUGCUGGGGCUGUAUGCCUCUUCAAACCCCACUUCUGAGCAGCGCGCGGCGUUGGUCCAGAAUGCUUCCAAGUCCUUGAAGACUGCCCACUCGAUACAUUCUUAUCUCCUGCUACGAACAAAUUCCUCCGACGACGGCCCGCCUAAUUUCCCUCCAGCUGCGGUCGACAUCUCGGCGGCCGUUCAGUCUGCCCUGCAGCACCUGACACAUGCGGAAUUCGACUUACUGUGUGUUUUAAAGGACGAUCCAUACCCUGCUUUGCUUGUCCAAUCCCGGAACAAGGACGACAGAGAAUGGAUGAUCAAAGCUCCGCAGAUACCGAAAGUCCGAGCUCAAGUUUUGACCAGACUGGGCGUCGGAGCGGCGGAGCAUGCUUCUGCGGCUGCCGUCGCACUCAAGGUCGAAGCGUCAAAGGUCUCGAAAGAUCUGCUGGAGUAUUGCGACGGAGUCAGAAGGACCUCGAGAGCCAAGGCCUGCCGAUUCCAAGCUCUUGACGAGGACACUGCCGGCUCGACCGGUAAAGGCAUCGCGUGGCUCAAGGCAGCGAUGAAUGAGCUUGGGAUUGAACCUCCCAAGGAGGGCUCGAAAUCUGCAGGCGCUCUUGGACGGUUAAAAGCCUCUUGGAACGAGCGAAGAGAGGACAAGCGAAUCGAAAAGGGGAGCCCGAAUUGGGGUUUGGAUGGCGGAAAGCUGGAAGAAGGACGUAUCGUGGAGUAUCUGUACGAGAAGAUGACCAAGGAGAAUGACACGAUCAAUAUUCAGUUGAUCCCCGAGUGGAAGCCUUUGCUGUCUUUGCUACCGAGCGGGAUGAACAUGCCCAUGGACGAAAAACGGAAGCCAGACAUCUUGGAAGAGGCAGAGCUUGCCGCCAUGAGAGCGCCUCCCGAAGAUGAUGACUUCAAGGAUGCGGCCAGCUCGGAUGAAGAAAACGGGGACAGGCAACCGGUUGGUGCAUUCCCGGGAACACACCAGGAGUAUGGAGGAAACGGAGCAGCAUAUUAUUGA